CGUUGGCACAUCUGCUAAACCAGUCUUUCUGUUUCUAACUCUAUACCGAAGGCCUUUCACUUUUUCGUUUCAAUAUACGAGUAUAUUUUGUAUAUUACGUGCAUAUUACGUGUAGUUUGCUUAUUUCAUGAAACAUUUUAGUGUACCUACUUUGCAACUACCUAGCGAUUUCCCCAUUACUAUAAAUUAUUAUUCAAUCAUUUCAAAUUCAUUCAAAGUGGGCUAUUUUUAUCACAGUGCACCUAAUUUGUAUUUUAAUCAAGAAAACUGAUUCAACAUUUUCAUAACUUCGCUACCUACACGUUUUGAAGAAAUGACGAUUGAUCUACUUCUUCUUCCUUACUUCCAUUCAUUGAACGACACCUUUGUUAAAGAAAUCGAAAGAGUAUGGGUAUCAGGUAAUCGAGUUUUAAUCAUUACAAAAUCGGAUCAAGUUUACGGACUGAAUGCGACUUCUACUACCCCUGCGAACAUUGCGACUUCUAAUGAUACUCUCCGUAUACUGUUGAGAAGUUCAAGUUCAGUGCCGCUCAAUGCUGAACCAAAACAGUUCUUCCAGCUACAAGGAAAAAAUGUGAUAGAUUUCAUCUUUGGCGGAGAUUUCAUCAUUGCUCUGACUAAAAACGGAGAACUGUUCAGCUGGGGAGGAAACCAGUCAGGGCAGUUAGGUCUGGGGGACAGACCUUACGCACCUCAUCCCAUCCUGAUAUCCACUCUUUCAGAUAAAACAGUUACCAAAGUCGUUUGUGGAAAAAAUACAGCUAUGGCGUUAUGUGAUGAUGGACAGGUAUUUUGUUGGGGUGCAUCUUGGGGUUUUAUCCCUGUAAAAUGCACUGCUAUACAAAAUAAGGCAACAGACAUCGCGAUUUUAACUAUGAGUGCUUCGUCGUCCCUUCCAUACCAUUAUUUUUGCGUAGAAGAUGGUAAAAUUAAAUCAGCUACUAUAGAGGGGUCCUGCUGGCUUAAUGAUAUUAAAAGUAUUGUGUGCGGUGAGUACCAAAUAUUGGCCCUCAAGAAUGAUGGCAGUUUAUAUUCUACCACGUGGUAUGGUACGCAAGGACUACUGAUGGAAGACAAUUUUAUUGCAAUUCAAAAUAUUCCUAAGGUUACUGAAAUUUACUCCGCAUCAAAAAUAAUACCUGAUAAUCGCCAACACGAGUAUAAUGAUGAUAGAAGAUUUAAUAUGUGUGGUGCGAAAACAGAAAAUAAUCAGAUCUAUAUUUGGGGGACGUUCCGAGGACGAACUAGUACAUCACUUUAUCCCACAUCAUAUUCUUCUUUCAAUGAAGUAGUCUUAACUUAUUCCAACUUCAAAAUGACACACGGAGCAUUAAAGUUGAGUUCAGUUACUUCGAUGAAGAAUACCCAUUGCGAUUGUAUGGAAUAUAUUAAAACUAUUUUCGAUGACCAAUCGAAAAACAGCGAUUUCAUAAUUGUGGUAGAACGAAAAGAAAUUUUUGUUCAUAGAGCAAUUCUAAGACAGCGUUCAAAAUAUUUUAAAGACAAGUUGGCAGAGCCUGGGAAUGAAAACGAUGAAAAUGUGCUGCAUGUCGAGGAUUCCACUUACGAAGCAUUCAAAUUGUUUUUACAAUAUUUGUAUGGAAUUGAUAUAAAUGUGACCCGUGAGAAUGUAAUGGAACUCAUGAUAAUAGCUCAUCAAUACUCAGAUGAAAAAUUCGAAAAUCUAAUCAUGGAGAAAAUAGCAGAUGAUGAAAAGGCGAAAAUGGCCAUUCCUGCGGUGAAGAAUUUUUUAGAAAUGCCCCCAGAGGUAAGGAGCAUUGCGAUGAGAGGAUUUCAGUCUAAGUCCUUACAGAAAUGAUCCAUUUAUGAAAAUGUAUUCAUCCGAUUGUGAAUAUCGUCGUAUCGUGUUCACCUAAUGAGAUUAUGUUACCUAUAGUUCUCAUUUAAUGAUGAUUGCUUCUUUUUUAGUUUAUUUUGAAAUUGUUUGUUUUGUUUAUGUACUCUUCUUAUUUUGCACCUCUACAUUAAUUUUUUGCAGCAAAACAGUGAUGAUAAACUUGUUGAUUAGGAAAUGAAAUAUUACUAAAAGGCGAAGUGUUAUUCUUUUUUUCAAGUUUUUACUUUUUAUUCUAGAAUUUCAAUUUCCCACUGGUUGUGGUGACUAAUUUACAGUGCUGAUUAAAUAAUAUA